CGUUUUUGAUUUUGUAUUCAAAACCAUCCAUCCUUUCAGAUUUCAAUCUUAGCGACUACAAUUCAUUAUCUUCGUUUUCAAGAUGAGACUUCCUCAAAUCUUGGUUUUAUUGGCUCAUCAUUUGCUUUUCAUUCGAGCAGAUCAUCAAACUGAAAGCUUGACUUUUCAAGUUCAGUCUGAUGAACUUCCUAGCCUAUCUUUCCAAGAUUGGACAUCGGUUCUCAACGUUCGGCCAGCUGGCUUAGCCUCUGUGCCAUCUGCUCCUCACAACUCGUUUGAACCUGCUUCCAACAGCGCUCGCAAGUCUUUUGAAGACAACAUCAUAGUCAACGAUGACCUUUUUCAAUUACCUCCAAAGCCAGUUAUUGCGAAACUACAAGGCUUAGUGGAAACUAUCGUGAACCUUGCCCUUUCACCGUUAUCACACCUACCACAUCUGCCCUGGCCCCGUCACCACCAUCCCAAACCGAUUGACUUGUCCCAAUAUACAAUGUGGGAAGUUCUCAAUUGGACUUUGCAUCAUCCACACAAGUCGGGCAACAAUGAUCAUCACUCGGUACCAAUUCAACGACUUGCGUGGCUGGUCAACCAAUCAGAGCCGAUCCAAAAAAUCUUGUCGAACCCCGAAGCCGACCUUACUUUGUUCGCUCCAGAUAACGAGGCUCUCACGCCGCCGCACAAGCGCCACCAUCAUGGACAUGGAUACGGUCCGGGCCCACACUCCCUGCGCGAUGAGCCUCUAACUCUUACUCCACCUGAGGAUCACGUGUUUUGGCAGGCACUUGAGUCGGAUUCGUUGGAGAGAGGUCAUCACAGUUCCUCGGAAGCAUAUCACUUGCAAGAAGAUGAAGACAAGGACAAAAAGAAGAAAAUACUUUUACACCUGCUCGAAAUGGUUCUGCAGUACCACAUCUCUCCCGGUAAAAAGUCUCUGAAAGAUAUUCUUGACAGAAGCACUCUUCCCUCUGAUCUAAAAAUUAGCCACCACAGUGGCUCGCCUGCCUUUCGUAUUCGUGUGGGCGGUCCUCCUCACUUCACUCACGGCAUAACCGCUUUGAACUUUUUCACCUCACUUGGUGCCCAUCAUGACCAACCGAUUCUUACCAAAAAUGGAGUGAUUCACGUUGUCCACGGAGUUCCCUUACUCCCCCCGCUUUCACCCCUUUCUGAGCUUUUCCUCUAUCCUCAGCCGUUCUCAACCUUGACUUCGGCUUUACAGAAGGUAAAGCUCGAUGACAUCCUGCUUCCAUCUUGGGACAACAAAACUGUUCCUCUCGAAAACGACUCCGGUUUGGAUGCCGACCUUGACGUUGUCGACGAGAGAGUCCAAAAUAUUCUUUCUAGUCUAGCUGUCGAAAACGAACAUCGCUUAAAGAAACAAAGUUUUACUGUCUUUGCUCCCACCAAUCGCGCUUUCCGUUCACUUGGCCCGCAUGCAAAUGCAUUCCUGUUCUCUCCCUUUGGUAUUCACAUCCUGCGAUACGUACUGUCCUAUCAUAUCGUACCGGACGUUAUCUUCUACACAGACCACGUCGACAAGACAAAGAACGCCAAUGUUACUAUGAUCGGACUGGAUUCAAAUCUUGACUUUCUAUCUGACACGAAAGACGAUGAUCGUCUUAGCCUUUUCGGACAUGGCGACUUCCCUCGUUCAUCACCUGGACAUCCUCAUGCCUUCAUUCAUCCUAAGACUCCGUGUGACAAAGUCAAUGUUACCCACAUCUCUCUCCCCACGCUUUUGGGGUCAGCCAAGAACGAGUCAUUGACUAUAUCUUUGGUGAAAUAUCAUUUGCCUGGAUCUAGUAAGGAGCUCAAGCGAAGGGUUUAUGUCAAGCAGCCAAUCCCUCCCCCCGGUGCAAAGCAUCCUGGAAAGUCUUUGAAGCCUAUUCCCGUUGUAAUCGCCGAUGGUGUGGCGUGGGGAGGUGCCAUUCACGUGAUUGAUAACUUGAUUCAUCCUCCAGUACAUCCUGACCAUCCUGCUCACCCUCACCUUCAACGCGUCUUUUCUGGGAGAAGAGGGCAAGAUGAAGUUUGAGUUGAAACAUGUUGCGUGCCUUAAAACAAAUUACCUGUCAUCAGACAAAAAAUGUCCUAGUUUUCUCUUGUUGUAUCAGUUUGUAGUGUAAAAUUCCUUGUCUCUCAGUUGGAUGUUGUGAGUUUUCCAUCGCUUGAGACUUGGCAUCAUUUCAUCCACUUGCUCAAGUACUGUAGGUUUAAGCAAGUUAUGUUCUUUGCCAUCAUUAUUUUCAAUAUGUUACAGUGAAUUGAUUGCUGCUAUCAUUGCAAUUCAAAUGAUCUUUUGCUUUAU